UCUCUCGCGGCCGGGUGUCUGCUCGACAAGGUGCUCGGUCCUUCCUCCGGGAAGCUAAGGCCGCCCCGCCGGCGACUAGCACCAAGCCAGCGCCAUGGCCUCCGUCUCCGAGCUCGCCUGCAUCUACUCCGCCCUCAUCCUGCACGACGACGAGGUCACCGUCACGGAGGACAAGAUCAACGCCCUCAUCAAGGCGGCCGGCGUCAGCGUGGAGCCCUUCUGGCCCGGCCUGUUUGCUAAGGCCCUCGCCAACGUGAACAUCGCCAGUCUCAUCUGCAACGUGGGAGCCGGGGGAGCGGCACCCCCAGCUGGAGCUGCCCCGACUGGAGGAGCUGCCCCUGCCAGUGGUGCCGCCCCUGCCGAGGAGAAAAAAGAGGAAGCAAAGAAGGAAGAAUCCGAGGAGUCGGAUGAUGACAUGGGCUUUGGCCUUUUUGACUAACCAUCUUUUGCUAUGGAUUUAAUAAAAAGCUGAGAUCUUUUAA